AGGUUCCGAUAGACCCUCGGCUCAAGUGUUACUGUAUUAUAGAAUUUUAAAUUUAGAAAUUGAAGAUAGUAUUUUAAAAUUCUGAGAAGUUACGAAUAAAUUGAAGAUAUUCUUUUGGCUGCUGCGGUGCUGCCAUUAGAAGAAAUUAGACCUUUAAAUUAAGGCGAGGGGCAAAGGUAUAUGUUAAUAUGAAGUUAUAACAACAACUGUAAAAGGGAGACAAAAUUCUUGUUCAGUCAAUCAAUUAGAUUUCAAUCCCAAAAUAAUUCGGGUUGACAAUAUAAAUCCUCCACAACUAUUCUGUUCUAUUUGAGUCCACAAUACAAAAUGUAUGGUACUUCUCAAAAUUUACAUUUAUGUUGAAGUCUCUAACCAGAGUAAAAAUGAUGUUGGUAAGAACUUACUUUAAUUUUAACAACUACUACGCCUGAUUCCUACUUCUAGUAUCGUAUAUAUAGAUCCUUUAUGUCUAUUUUAUCUUCUACUCUUAACUAAUCCGCCUUUUGAGAAAGUCAUUUCUAACAAUUCUCAUCCAUGUGCUUAUUAAGUCUACCUUAUUCAAUGUUUGCGCCUUCAAUCAUCGUAAUGGAUUAGAAAAGUUAAAUUUGGAAGGGGAGGAAUGCAAGGUGUUUUGAAGAUAUAAGUAGCCCUGUACAGAAGAUCAAAAUGAAUUGCAUUCUUCUUUUUAGUUUUUGGUGUAAAGCAGAAUGUAUAGAUUACCAGGAUUCAAUCAUAGAAGUCUUAGGCUCCUUGUAAGAAGAACAAGGAAGUUUAAUUUUUGUUUUUGUCUUAGCUCUUCUUGAUGUAAUCUUGGUUCCAGUACAAAAUUUGUGCUGAUGAUUUAUUAAUAUAUCGGAUCUCUUACCAUCUAAAAAAAAGGUUAAAUUAUGGCUCCUAAUCAAUAAUCCUAUCAGCAAAGGUGAGCGGACUUUUUAUUGCUAAAGACUUACUUGGAGUUCAAAUUUGAGACUUUUGUUUUUUAUUUCGGUUUUAGAAACCAAAUUGUUUUGUUUUGUUGUUGGAGAACAAUUAGCGCAUUAGGAUCUGAAAGAAUUGGUUUUGUGUUUGUUUGGAGGAACUAGUGUUGGGUUUGUCUUUUGAAUUUCUCAUUAAAGCUAUAAAUCAUGUUUGAGGUUUUCCUACGGAUGAGAUUAAUUCAUUGGAACCAACUAAAUAUCUUUCUGUUUUUUCUUUUCGUUAAGUGUGUGUAUACACGGAGAGAGAGAUAUAGUAUAUAUAUAUAUAUAUAUAUAUAUAUGUUGAAAAAAGUUGUUCUUAAAAAGCAAAGAUCAUGAAGAAGUUGGGAGAGGGGUGAUUGAAAAGCCAGAAUGUGAUGAAACACACACUCGUCAACACUUUGUGGUACCUUUUUUGUUCUACCCAACAGGUGGGUUCCACAUCGUUUUGUUUGCUCAAAACAUGAUUGUUUAAGAAUCAGAUUUUGUUCAAAUGGAUCCUUGAUGACGAUGCUAGUAAAAUGUUGUCUCUAGACAUUGUUACUGGACGAGAAUAUCAUUAAUUCCAAACACUAUUUUUGAAUUUAAUGCCACUCAGUUACCAAUAGUCUAUUUUUCAAAAUUUAUGAUACCCCUUUUUUGGUAAAACCUAAGGGUUCCUCCACAAAGUUCGUUCACGGAGGGUGAGUCAGGGCCUAGGGUCAGGCCAAAUGGCGUAGUCGAUGGACAACAUGUGAAUAUUCCUGUACUAACCUUUGUUGCUCGCGAGGGGCGGAGGAGGCUAGAUUAGCCGAAAGAUAGUUAUCGGUUCAAGACCGUAAGGUGUCCCUGCUUUUUCAGGGUAAGACGGGGCAGAGAAAAUGCCUCGAGCCAAUGUUCGUAUAUCCGGCGCUACGACAACAGGUAUGCUGCAAUGCUUGUAAGAAGCCAAUAAAGGCCAGCCAAUACGUUGCCCACACAGAGCUUUGUAAGUCAUUAUACUCCGCAGAAGAUAUUGUUUUGGAGGUCAAUGGUGGUGCAACACACAAGAAACGUCCAAGGAAAGAGAGAAAAAAGUCACUAACUGCAUCUUCUAACCAACCUAGAUCAGUCAGAAAGCAAGCCAAACUUGAAUUGUUAGAAAGUGAUUUUGCUGCAUUGCCAUGCUGUUCAGAGGAGCAUCUUUCAACUGUUUCCUUUCUUGAAGAUAAAAGAAUUUCAUCACACUUAAAUGUGGCCACCAUGAGAAGUUGUUCCAUGGUUACUCCUGGACUUGUAGAUUGCUCAGAAGGUGUAAUCUCACACCAGGAAAAACAUUCCAAAAUUUUUGGUGCAGCAAAUAUUGUUACUAAGAGUUGGCCGGCAAAUUCGGGAGAGGGUAUUCCCUUUUCAGGUGAAGAGCAUCAAGAAAGGUCAAGUGCAGGCAGUGACAAUACUGGUAGUCCUGCUAUCGCAGUUAAAAUUCCCACUCAAGUCCAAAAAUUUCGUUUGAAGGUUGAAGAUGUUCCAAAUCCACUUGCAACUAAGAUGUAUUAUUCUCAAAGACAACAUCGUCUCAAAUCAGCUCUCAGCUAUCUGUAUCGUGAGGGAUCAUGUAAUGACAGUGGCAGCGAGUUUGCCUGUCCAAAAGUAUUAAAAAGUAAUGUUAUGCCAGCUGACAUAUUGUAUCAUAGCAACAACUCCCAUAUACAAAUUGAUUACCAGCAAGAGAAGUGUUGGCUCGUGGGACAGGCACACGAGCAUUCCCUUCCGCUGGUCCGAAAGCCGAAUGUACUUCAAAUGGUUGAUUCCGGAGUAUGUCCGCCACCUAUGAACAUCGCAUCCCAGUUUCCUGUGAAUAAUAUCCUAACAAUCACCUCCAUUGGCGUGACGAACAGCAACUAUAAUUCGAUUUCUAAUUCAUUUGCAGGCCACUCAGGCAAGCAGCUACAACCUAAGCAGCAGGCUGAGGGAAAUUCCGCAGUUGUACAGAAUUAUUAAGGGAACUUUGUAAGGUAGGAUACAUCCACUGACUGACUGUGCUAAAUGGUAGAACUAUUCCAUCCUAAGCUUCUCCAUUAGAUUCGAGAGUUGACUCCCAAGCUUCUCCACUAGAUUGGAGAGUUGACUCCCUUAUGGAAGACGGUACAGUAGUUCUUCCUGUGGUUUAGACUCUGGUACAUGAAGGUUCCUUUCUUCUCUGACUCACAAAGCUAACUGCCAAUUGUACACAAUCUUCCAUACACAACGUCCUUGAGAAGGCAGACCCUAAUGACUUUCAGAUAUCUUUUUGGAUAAUCUUUUUGUACAAAGAAUGCCAAUCACUAAUGACACUCACUUUCGUUAAUGUCCA